AAAAAUUAUUUGAUUUCAACUACAUAAUCAAAUGAAUGAAAUUUUAAAUAUAAUUAAUUCAUUAGUAUCUUUAAAAGAACAAACUACAAGUUUAUUGUUUGGUAGAGUCACUUCCUAAUUACUGUUUGGCAGGCUUUUACUGGGUUCUCGCUUCUAAUUAUUGCCCUUCUCUCUCUUUUAUCUCUGCUUUUUGCCAGCGACGACUCUUCUCUCUUCAAUUGAUCGGUUUUCGGACCUUCUCACCUUUGCCCUGGAGAUGACAGGUCUGCCGCUUCCUCAUCUCUUUGUUAUCCUGCUUUCCUACCUUCCAUUCUUGCUUCUAACAUCAUUUUUCUCUGUUAUCCUGCUUUGCUCGCUUCCUUUCUUCUGUUGCUCUUCAAUGGUGACCCAUAAACUACUGUUUGAACUCAGCGACGCGGAUGGUCCUCAUACUCUUCUGAAACUGCGGCUCCUUAAUGCGUGGGGGCCUUAUGGUUUGAAGAAUCCUAACUUAAUCUUCAACUACUGCACUCUUUGGACUGAUGAGGAGGUUAGCGCUGACUUCCUUUUUCUUGACAUGCAAUUUUGAUGUUCCCUUUCAUGUUCAGCCCUCUAAUGUUCCUUACUUUCUAUCCAGGGUACUUUGAUUCAGGGCACGGCUCCUUCGGAACUCACGCAUCAUUUUGCUCCGCUUAUGCCGUUGGGGAGUGUUUACUUCGUUAGCAAUUUCCGCGUCAAACAGCCUGCCCCUUCGUAUGGUUCUUGCUCUCACAAGUUGAGCAUCAUCCUAUCUGCCGAUACGCAUUUUGGCUGGAUGCGUUCGAAUUUGCCCCUUACAGCUCGCUGCAUUCCCGUAUGCGUUCGUCAGUUUAUCUAAUAGCUCGUUUUUCGGUUUUUGUCUCUUAAUUUUCCCUGCUAUACUGUCCUGUUUGCAAUCCUGACUUUUAACUUCUUACUUGGUUCUUUGUCAGAUGUCGUCGGCGCUGUCGUUAGCAUCACAGGCGUUUCAAGCACUGUCACUUCUUUUGGCACCACCGUGCGGAGUGAUUUGGUUCUUCAGAAUGAAAAGUAAGUUAGAGAUUCACGCCUUUGCUUUAUAGACCUCGCUCAACUUUCUGCUUUCUUUCCCUGGGUUUCUUGUCCAGUCACAUGUUUCUUGAUAUCAGUCUGUGAAGUGAGAUAGCUCGGAGUCUCAAUGGUCAGGAACUGGCUGUCCUUGGUCGCUCUGGCCCAGUCAUGCUUGCUGUUUGCUCACUUCGGGUCACUGGCGCUACGAAAGGUUUACAUAUGCCCUACCAACGCAUUUCUGCUUUUUAUUUCCCUUUUUGUUUUCUUAUUACCCUUUUCCCUUUUGCAGGAGGUUACUCUCUUACCAGUACUCCAGGCACACGUUGUGUUCUCAAUCCUGUCUCUGAAAUGGCUCACCUGGUUCAAUCUGUGUAUGUUGUUCCCUUCUAUUUGUCGUUGAUUUUCCUUGCUUUAUGAAUAGCCUAUUUCCCUACCAUUUGUCUUAUUGUUCCUGCUAAUUGGUUCCGUUUAUUGCCUUUGCUUUCAAUAGGUUCUUUGCUAGCACUAAUACAGUUCAAUACUACCCUCUGAGGUUUGCAACUCCUAAUGAAGCAGCGGCUUUUGAAGCUGAGUGCACAAAGACUGUAUAACAGUUGCUUGCCUUGUGUUUUCCGCCUGUUGCCGAUGUAUGUUGUUUCUUUCUGUUCCUCUACUGCUUACCUAUUUCUGUUCCUUUUUACUUAUUUUGUUGCCCGUCUGAUCGGUUUUUGUUUCUCAUUGGUUGUAGUCUACGCGUUACCAUUGCUCUGGUCGAAUCGUUUCUGUUGAUUCUUCGAUGCAGUGGUAUUACCUAGGUUGUGCAUUCUGUUCUAAAACAGCCAUAGACUACGAUGGUGUCGACAAAUGGUGUGAUGACCACCGCCGUUUGGUGCCUCAACAAACACAGAACUUGUAAUUCCUUUCUCAGUUCUUGCUUUAGUGCCUUUUUCCUUUUCUGCUGUGCUCAAAUAUUGCUAUACUUGUUUUUUGCAGUUACAAACUCCGAGUAACUGUUGAUGACAACACUGAGUCAGCGGUGUUUGUUCUGCUUGGGAGGGCCGCUGAACUUCUUGUAGGCUUAACUGCUCACGAUCUCUCUGCUAGGUUCCCUUACCAACGUAACAUUUUGCCACAAGAACUUCUGGCUCUUGAAGGGUGAGACUUUACUUUUGAUGUUCAACUUCCAAAGCUAGAGUAUGGGUCUCGUGGCCCGCCAGAGUUCACAGUUCUCUCUGUCACAGAGCAAGAACAAUCAAAUUCCCGUUCACCAGCUCCUGGUCGCCGCCCAAGAAAUGCCAUGCCCCAUACACCACCUCCUAACAGUUCUCACAUGAUGCCUCUUAGUUCCCCAAACACUAUUCCAUCAAUGCAUGUCCCUUCGGUGGAACAUGUUUCUUCUUCUGCUUCACCGAGUGGGAGUUCUCAGUCUGCAUUUUGUACUCCUCCACGCCGUCCCUAUAUAAGUAGGCGCAUCGCUGCUGGUUCUUCGCCCUCAUUUGCUGCAUUAGGAAGCAUCAACUCUGGAUUGUCUUCUCCUGAAAUUGGUCGGAUUGGUAAUGUUUCCUAUGCACGACCUAGAAUUGAGGCAGUGCCCUCACAGGCUGAAAUGCAUCCUUCGCCGCAGGAAUUUGCCUCGGCCACUGCAGAUGCUUCUGUGCAGAACAAAAACGGUAGUUCAAAGAAAGCGAUUACGAAGAAGCCAGCUUCUAAGAAGAAGUUUGUCUGCCUUUUAUUAGUUGUUGUUGUUUCUUGUACCCGUUUUACCAAAAUCCUGCAUUAGAUUUUCAAUUCCUGUUCAGAUCCCUUUUGCUUGCCCUUUCGCUUUUCUUACACAAAUGUACCGUCAGAAGUUUUGGGUUUCUUGAGUUUUCCAAAGAGUCGCUUUGGUGUUGUCUUUUGUGCGCCCUUCUUGCUUAAUAUCCCCCUACUUCCCAUACAUUGGUUAAUGUUCUUCUGUGUUUUUGGGCCCUUACUUGGUUGUUAGCUGCUGCUACGCUAUUGUUCUCUCUAUGCUGCCACCAUGAAAUACAGUUGCCAAUGGACGCCCUUCUGCAUCCCUUUCUUGGACCUUCUCUUUCUUACACAUGUAUUCUCAAUUCCCAGACAAUCAAUUUUACCUUUUAGUACACAUACUGAUUAUCCAGAGAUGUGUUACCUUUUUGUUUCAAAAAAAAAAAAAAAAAAAAAAAAAACAAAAACAACAAAACCAGUUGUAGUUUUGCUUAUCCUGUUUACUUUAUUUGUAGCUCAGUUCAUCUACCAUUAGUUUUUUCCUUCUUUGAAUCAAAUGAUCCUUGCCUGGUGUUGCUGCUACUUCUAAGCUACUCAUUUUAAACUUGAGGUUUCUUUUUCAUUGAUUGUGGGAACUAGUAGUAACUUGAUCUUAUAAAAUCUUGCGCAGUGUUGUUGUCUUUCUCCUCUACUAUUUUGCAUGCUGUCAUUAUCUAUUUCCUUACUCCAUUUGUUGCUAUCUGUUCCAUACUUGCUUAGUCCUCUUCUAAGGGGAAAGCAAAAGCUACCAAAUCGUCUGCUAAAGAACCUGCUAAGAAACGAUUGUUUGAUGGUUAAUCAUGACUCACGGAAACGAGUGUUGAUGUAUCAUGUUUCUGCAGUGCCCUCCCUUCCUUGCUUUUGCAGAUCUGUUUGAGGAAAACACUAUUUUGCAAGUGGUGCAUCAUAUAUCUUUGCCUUUUGUAUAGUUUUGCAAACUUUGGCCGCCUUUUGGGGUGCCAUUCCUACCAACACUAUUGCCAAUCUGUCUGCUAUGAAACUUGGCUACUAUUAGUUUCAGUGUUGGUGCGUAUUAGUGCUUUAGUUUUUUGUUUUUUAGUCAAGAACUAUGUCGCUAAUAUAUAUCAACAUUUGUUCAUGUACUUCUUUGGGUGAUGAUAUCGCACCACUCUGCAAUUGAAAUUUACUUUGGUAACAUGUUUGUUGCUCUUGUGAUCCUAUAUUUAUUGUGCAUAAUAUCGCCGUUUUGGCCAAAUUCGUUUUAUACUUUUAUCUUCCCAUUAUGCUCGGUGAUUGCCUAUCUUGCUUUUAGUCACGCUUGGCCAUUGUCUGUUGUCAAUGGCCACUUUGAACACCAGAUGAUACAUAGGUUUUGCACUUGCAGGGUAUUCAGGUUGUAUACUACAAAGUAAACGUUUGUCAACCUGCACAAUUGUUUCCAAAUAGAUCACAAAUUGUAUUUUACUUUUAAUCUUAUUAACUAGAUAUUUCGGUUGUCCACUAAUACCAUCACUUUGUUUGCUAGCUUUCAUAAACCAAAAUUAUUAACUUAUUUUCUUCUAUUAAUUGCCAUCAUGCAUUUAUUGUUCUGACUAGCCUGUGUACUAAUGAUGGCUUUUUGCUUCUCACUUCCCUACACUAUCCUACUAUGGUGCAUGUUGCAUUAUUAUACUUUUUCCUUGGAAGGAUAUUCCCCCUAGAGACACCAUUUGCCCUGUAGACUGUCUUCUUCCAUAACUGCUUGCCAUUAUCGCGCCUUUAUGAUCAUUCUGUCUCAGGCAUUGGUUAUUGAAUAACAUUCUCUGCUACAUCUGCUACAACCUUAACUGGUUCUUUUCUUCCUUUUCAAUUCUGCCAGUAUCGUUAUUCCCCUAUACCCAUCUAGAAAACGUUUCAUGGUUAGUUUACUCAAGUUCUUGCCUUCAUCUUUCCACAAAUCUCGGUUCUGUUCCCGUGUCGCUUUCCCAUACUUUUAA